AUUAGUGAAAAACAGUAUAUAAGGCAAUAUAACGUUAAAAAAAGAACACUCUGUUAGCCUUACUUGACAGACACAGAAAUGCGGAGCCUUCUGGUACUUUGUGUCACAGUGUCAGCCGUGUUGGCGGCUGAUUCACCGUUCAAGCCUUUCCAGUUUGGCUCCAACAAAUUCGCGAGCAACGCUGGUCGUUACAAUGUAGCCAGCGCUUCAGCGACCGCGUCCUCUUCCGCGGGCCGAUACAACCCCGCCGCCUACGACCCAAGCCGCUACAACCCCGGACGCUACGUCGACAACUCCGGACGCUACGACCCCAGCAAAGACAACUCCGGACGUUACGUCCCGGACGGCUCUGGCGCUUACAACGGUGACCGUGGUGACCGCGGUGCUGCUGGUGGCUUCUACACCGGCUCCUCCGACAAGGGAGGUCCCGGAGGCUUCUACUCCGGUUCUUCAGACAAGGGAGGACCCGGCGGCCCUGGUGGAGCCUACAAGCCUGAACCCAACGACGGUGGCAAAUACAAGGGCGACAAGAGCGGAGGCGCUUACUCUGGUGGAGCAAGCAGCGGUUCUGGUGCUGGUGGCUUCGGCAGCGGCUCGGGAGCUGGUGCUUUCGGCAGCGGCGCUGGUGCUAGUGCCUUCGGCGGCGCGUCCGCUGGCGCCUCUGCCAGCUCUGGCUUCGGCAAGGGCUCUGGAUCUGGAGCCAGCAAGCCCGUGCAAUACAGCGGCAGUGCCGGAAGCGGCGCCGCCUCUGGUGCUGGCCACUACGACUACAAGUUCGGUAUCAUCCGUUUCGAAAACGACGUCGAACCUGAGGGAUACCACUACCUCUACGAAACCGAGAACAAGAUUCUCGCUGAGGAAGCCGGCAAAGUUGAAAAGAUUGACAACGAAAACGAAGGCAUCAGAGUCAAGGGAUUCUACGAGUUCGUCGCGCCUGACGGCAUCACCUACAGGGUAGACUACAUCGCCGAUGAGAACGGCUUCCAGCCCAGCGGCGCUCACUUGCCCAAGUAAUCCAGAACUAGUCCUAUUUGAUUUAAGUCUUGCCCAGUGACCUUAUUAGUUAUGUAAAUAGUUGGUUGUACCUUGUUCUCAAAACUAAACUAUGUUAAGUUGAACACGAUCAUCUUAGUAGUUAACCUGACCUGUGCAAUAAUCGUAGUUGUAAAUAAAUACCUAGUAAAAAUAAA